GGGAAAUCUGGAUUUUUGGUGUGGCGUUACCUGCUCAGGAGGGACGAUGAAGAACCUGCUCCUUGGACCAAGGAGGGAAAGGACAGGAUGAAAAAGCUUGGCCUAACAAUGCAGUAUCCUGAAGGAUAUUUGGAAGCUGUUGCAAAUAAAGAUAAGGAAAAAGAAAAUAGUGGAGAGGAUGAGUUCGAUACCCCGGGGAAAGGAAAGAGGAAAAGGAAAUCAGCAGGUGGGGAGGAAAAACCUGUCACUUCUCCAGCAGGGACCCCAAAGAAAACUAAAGUUGAGCCAUACAAGCUGACAGCCCAGCAGAAAUCUCUUAUAAAAAGUGAUGAAGCCAAUGAAAAACUGUGGAAUGAAGUACUAGAGGCUCUCAAAGAUGGACCGAAAUUCCUAAACAAAGUGGAAGAGGCCUUCCUGUGUAUCUGCUGUCAGGAGGUCGUGUUCCGGCCCGUCACGACCGUCUGCCAACACAACGUGUGCAAGGUGAGGGACCCUGGGCCCUGCUGAGCUCAGCCUGGAGACAGACCUGGCCAGGGCUUGGUUCCUUUGGG